AAUGGUUAAUUAUCCAAAAAUGAUACCUCUACAUAAGAAUCCUGAAGAAUUGGAUAAAUCUACAACUAGUAUAGCCGACUAUUUGAAACUAGUAGAAGACGAAUGCCUAUAUCCAAUCGAUAUGGAUAUAUUAACGAUGGAAAUUCGAAGUAAGAAAAUAGAAAGAUGGCUCAGAUCAAAGGAUAUUAGCGACGAAUUUAAAGAAGAAUUAGGUUGGGAAUUGGCAAAAAUAACAUCAAAGAAAGAAUGGCUGAAACAAUUUGCUGUUAAUAAUAUUGUUCAAAAAAUAUGGGAAGUGUUCAUCUUAUAUUCAAUAAGAAAUGUCUUUAUGGUUGAUCAUCUCUUUAAUCGUUAUAAGAAGAGUAUUAGAAGAUCUUACUAUGAUUCAUCUAAAUGUAUUCUACAUAUUAAAGAAACAUAA